AUGCCUAUCGAAGUAACACCUUCCCCUCAGACAAUGAUGUCCCGCGCCUUCCUUCCCCCUGGCUGGUCCUCUCUCCCGCCCACAGGACCGGUCCGAGCAGUUAAUUGCGUCCCUCGCUCUCAAGCUCCCAACAGCGUCAUGUCCAACGGUCUACGCAAUCCCUGGGCCCCUUAUGGGGGCGAGACGUAUUCGCCUUCAGCUCAAGCCGGUGCUAUCAGGAGCGAACAGCGCUUCGCUGGUGCAGACAGUGCUGCUGGCGGAAGUAUGGUCGGCAGUGUGAUGGGAGGCAGACCCAGAGCAAUGUCAAGUGUUAUGAGUGGUGGCGGUGGGAGUAUCAUCGCACCUUCAAGUAUCGGCAUGGGCGGAUAUCGCGAGGAUGAUGGAUGGAAUGGUUCCAUGGGCCGAGAGGAGGGGAUGACUGGCGACAUCAGCCGGCAGGGUGGGGUAAUCAUGCAAGAAUGA